UUUGGAUUAGGGCACGGAGGGAACGCUUCCUGGGGGCGGGGGCGGGGGCGUCGUCCUGGGUACAAUUGCUCAGGGGCAAAGGUCGAGAGGUCGCGCAGCCGCAGUUUUUUUUGAAGAAAUAGUCCAGUUCUGACUAUGGACUCGCAGCCAUCAGCCCUUAAGUUUCCAUCCCCUCUAGUGGGCCCUCGGGGGUUCUAGUGACCUCCCUCCUUCCCUUGGGACUGGGCCGGGGAGGCGUUCUCGGGCGCGGGAGGUUCCGUAUGCCCAGGCCCGGCCAGGGGAGGUGACCGAUUCGUCGCUGGGGCUGACAGUCCCCAUGGCGCCGCCUCUGGCCCCGCUCCCUUCUCGGGAUCCAAACGGGGCAGUACCCCAGUGGAGAAAGCCCGGGACCGUGAGCUUCGCCGACGUGGCCGUGUACUUCUCUCGGGAGGAGUGGGGCUGCCUGCGACCCGCGCAGAGGGCCCUGUACCGGGACGUGAUGCGGGAGACCUACGGCCACCUGGGCGCGCUCGGAGUCGGAGGCAGCAAGCCGGCGCUCAUCUCUUGGGUGGAGGAGGAGGCCGAACUAUGGGAUCCAGCUGCCCGGGAUCCGGAGGUGACGAAGUGUCUGACAGAAACGGACCCAGCAGAUUCCAGAAAUGAGGAAGAGGAAAGACAAUGGGAAGGGACGGGAGCCCUGGAGAAGCCUGUUCCUGUGACCGCCGGGUCUCCUGGGCUGAAGGUUCACCAAGCCCCCUUUACCAGGUUGGAGCAGCCGUCCAAGGCGCGGCGCCGGAGUCGCCCCCGCUUUUUUGUCCACCCCCCUGUCCCUCGAGCGGACCAGCGUCACGGCUGCUACGUGUGCGGGAAGAGCUUCGCCUGGCGCUCCACGCUGGUGGAGCACAUCUACAGCCACAGGGGCGAGAAGCCCUUCCACUGCGCAGACUGCGGCAAGGGCUUUGGCCAUGCUUCCUCCCUGAGCAAACACCGGGCCAUCCAUCGCGGGGAGCGGCCCCACCGCUGUUCCGAGUGUGGCAGGGCCUUCAUGCGCCGCACGGCUCUGACUUCGCACCUGCGCGUCCACACUGGCGAGAAGCCCUACUGCUGCCCACAGUGUGGCCGCUGCUUUGGCCUGAAGACUGGCAUGGCCAAGCACCAGUGGGUCCAUCGGCCAGGGGGCGAGGGGCGCAGGGGCCGGCGCCCUGGGGGGCUCUCUGUGACCCUGACCCCUGGCCGCGGGGACCUGGACCCACCCGUGGGCUUCCAGCUGUACCCAGAGAUAUUCCAGGAGUGUGGAUGAAGGCCUCAAAAGUGACUAUCUAGACAUUGCGGGAGGCCCGAGAUGGGCUCAGGGGCCUGAACCUCUGCAGCGCCCUGCAGGGAGGUCCCAGAAUCCACGGCAAGAGCUGGCCUGGGGUGUGGACAUUCUGAACGUGGGCCCUCAGCAGCCUCUUCUGUCAGCACCUUGCUCCCUGCUGCCCUGGGCUCUCCAAGGCCCCCUUUCCUGAGGCAGGGCUGAGGUGAGAACCCCCUAGACCUCCAUACGGGGAAGCAAAAGUUGUUUCUCCUCCCAAAGAUGCUAAGAGGAUUGAGGUAGAGGAGAACCUUGUUUUCUCUGUUGUCUUUUUCUUUUUACUUUUUUAAUUUUUUGAGAUGGAGUUUUGCUCUUGUUGCCCAGGCUGGAAGUGCAAUGGUGCAAUCUUUGCUCACUGCAAUGUCCGCCUCCUGGGUUCAAUCGAUUCUCCUGCCUCAGCCACCUGAGUAGCUGGAAUUACAGGCACACUAUGGCUGGCUAAUUUUUGUAUUUUUAGUAGAGAUGGGGUUUCACCAUGUUGGCUAGGCUGGUCUCGAACUCCUGCCCUCAGGUGAUCCACCCACCUCUGCCUCCCAAAAUGCUGGGAUUACAGGCGUGAGCCACCUCACCCGGCCUUUUCUUUUUUAUUCUUUGACCCUCUGACAACACAAUACCCAUUGUCUGUUUAUUUAUUUACGUAUUUUUAAGACAGCAUCUUGCUCAUCACCCAGGCUGGAAUGCAGUGGUGUGAACUGGGCUCAUUGCAGCCUAGACCUGCGGGGCUCAAGGAAUCCUCCUGUCCCAGCCUCCCAGAUGGCUGAGACUACAGGUGGGCUACACUACGCCUGGCUAAUUUUUAGGUUUUAUGCAGAGAUGGGGUUCCCACUAUGUUGAUCAGGCUGGUCUCAAACUCCUGGGUUCAAGCAAUUUGCCCACCUUGGCCUCCCAAAGUGCUGGGAUUACAGGGGAGCCACCGCACUGGCCUUCAUUGGCUUUUUGCUGCACAACUUAAAAAACCAGUGGCCCUGUACUGGAUCUGGCCUGCAGUUGCUGUAUUGAUUUGGGCCCAGGCAGUGUUUUUAAGUGAUAAGAAUUAGUGGUAAAGAUUUAAAAGGAUAUUUUGCACCAAAAUCCAGGUUUCUGGCAUCUCUAGAAAAAUCCAAAGAUUUUGCAAGUCCACCUAGGCUCUCAGAAAGUCGCAGUUGUUGGGAGCUGGGCCGGAGCCAGAACUCCCAACUUACCAUGGCCACUCAUCCUAUCAGCCAAGCACGCGUUGCCAUUCAUCAUUGCUUGCUUCUAGUGUUUUUGGUGUUUAAAGUACAGCAAAGAAGAAAGGGAAGUAUUUCUUGAACCCAUGUCUGUGUCAAAACAGUCCUUGCAUCUUUCCCGUCUUUAGGUACGCACCAUCUUUGCUGUCUUUAAGUAUGUGCCAUCAUAGGCAGAGGGGACUAGGCCAAGAACACCUGGUGUUAGAUUUGUAGCUAGUGGCAACUGUACCCAUCUGUAUCCCCAAGCUCUACACAGAAUCCCCCCAGCACUUCACGACUCCAUUAUCCAUCUACCACUAAUUCCUUUGUGGGCAGAGUCCAGCCAUGAGCAGCACCUGCCCAAAGACAGCAAGGGCCUAUGACCUCUGCUGGCCUGUGCGCCUUCGCCUGUCACUCAGCUCAGCCCUGUGUCUGGCCUACCCAGGGAGGAAGAAACCAGAUUUGUCAAACUGGAAGGAGGUAGAAGUUUUGGAGACAAGACACUGUGUCAAGUGAAGUAAUGAACUGACUUUAUUCGAACCUCAUCUCCAAUCCGACCCCACCAAGGUCUCUCUCCCUUAGCUUUUCUGGGGUGGGUUGACUCGUGUGUCACCUUAUCACAGGGACACAUGGGGUGAGAAUAGGCACCUUGGCAGUAGGAGAUACCUUUGUAGCAGAUUUUAAUUCCCAGUGUACAUCCCAGUUCCCUCCCCUAACCCUCAACACAGCCUGGGGAAAGCCCAGCUUGCAACACCAGUUCUCAGCCCAGACUGACAGCCAGAUCUUGGCCCUGAGUAUGCCAAUUAAAGGUGCCAUGAUUAUUACCUA